AUGCUUCGGGCUGAGAUCCAAGCGCACGUCAAGAUUGCACAGACAUACCCGUCGUUCCUGGAGCCGAACCUCUAUGUGGCGCGGUAUUUUUUGGAGAUUUGCGAAGAAGGCGAAGGCAUCAAACCGUCAGAUAGAGACAAUGCCGCGGUCCUCGAUCAAAUGAACUUGCUGGACGAGAACGCGUUGUCGACCGAAGUCGAGUUGGUCGCAGACAACGAUUCUGCCAUUGCGGUCCUGCUUCGCAUUGUCGAGACAUACCGCGACAUGGCACCAGCCCCCGAGUUCGACACGAAAAAGCGGCUCUUUGCGCGACUGCGGCGGCCCGACCCGUUUCCAGAUCUGUACGAGCCUGUGGCAGAGUACGACAUUCCACGCAACCAAACAUCGCUUCUGCGCAUGGCAUUGCGCUGCCUGCGCAUGAUCACCGUUAUAAAAGAUGCGCGGGACUACAUCUAUGCACACGCGACGUCGAUCUCCAUGCUUAACCGAGUCGUGGACGAAAACGCUCUCGAUGCCUUCAUUCGCCAGGACGUCAAGAGCAUUUUCAAAAAUUUGUACGCAGGCGAUGAAUCUGUGAAGCGCAUGGAGUCGGCCUCGAUCAGUGUCACUGUCGAGCUGAUGAACGAUUAUGACGAAUCACCCAUUGUCCAAUUGGCGGGCAUCAAACGCCUCGACAUCCACGUUCGUGUUGUGCGGGACGACGAGGACUUUGCACGCUGCAUUGACGAGAUUCUGACGACGGACGCCAUCGCCGCUGUUGGCCGCGCACUUGCUCGGUUUCCCGCGACAUAUUCCGACAUUUAUGUCCAUGCGUGCCGCCUCAUGGUGGCCUUUGUUUCACCGGCGCGACUCGAGGCGGACGAGGAGGCUGGACGUCCCCAUGAUGAGCGCGUGUCUAAACUCAUCGGCCAGCACGGUGGCGUUGAAGCCGCGAUUCGGCUCUUAAAGCGCUGUAGAGGGUUCCAUACCCAACAUGCGUCGAUGAAAGACGACCCGGAACCUGUCGCGGUGCCGCCUCCCGUUGCCUCGACUGUCGUGGCCAAGAGGCUCACGGAGCAAGAGGAGCUUGACGCACUCAAGCUGCAAAUGAUGGCUUCACCUCCGGAAGACCCGAAUCCAGACGAAAUGCUAGUCAAGGCAGAAAAGGCCAAGGCUACGGACUGGAAGACACCGGAUCUUGCGCAGCAAGCCUUGUGGGCGCUCGAUGUCCUCAGCAUCUCCGAUUUCAACCGCAUUGCAAUGAAGCGAGAAAAGUUGAAGUACGUCGUGAGCGAAGUUAGUCUCGGCUCCCAGCUAAUCGUACCUCGGCGCCUCCGACUACUCGACUGGGCAAGUAUCGGCCACGAGCCCGAUAAAGAGGGUGACGCGAUGGACCCAAUUGACUAA